GGCGCGUCCAUCCUCGGCAUCAGUUGAGAUCUUCUUCAGCCAUAGGAAACAUGUCUCUCAAGAUCGUCUUGCUGUCCGCCCUCGUGGCCGCCGCCCUCGCCCGUCCCGACAACACUCCACCGUCCUAUGGCGCUCCAGCCCCCUCCUACCACGCUCCCGCGCCCUCCUACCACGCCCCCGCUCCCGAGUCGCCGCCCAAGUACGACUUCAACUACGCCGUGAACGACGACUACUCCGGCAACAACUACAACGCCCAGGAGACCCGCGACGGCUACAACACCCAGGGCACCUACUACGUGCAGCUGCCCGACGGCCGCCUCCAGAAGGUCACCUACUACGUGGAUGGCGACUCCGGCUACGUGGCCGAGGUCACCUACGAGGGUGAGGCCCAGUACCCCGCGCAGAGCUACGGAGCCCCCGCCCCGUCCUACGGCAAGCCCGCCCCAUCCUACGGUACCCCUGCCCCAUCCUACGGCACCCCCGCCCCAUCCUACGGCACCCCAGCACCAUCUUAUGGGACCCCUGCCCCGUCCUACGGUACCCCCGCCCCGUCCUAUGGCACCCCCGCGCCAUCUUAUGGUGCCCCAUCCCAUCCUAUGGCCCCGGCGCCAUCCUACGGCACCCCCGCCCCCUACAGGCCAGCCUACCAGUUCCUCCUCCUUCAUCAGUUGAGCUCAUCAUCAGCUACAGGAAACAUGUCUCUCAAGGUUGUUCUGCUGUCCGCCCUCGUGGCCACCGCUCUCGCCCGUCCCGACAGCCCCCCAGCUUCCUACGGUGCACCCGCCCCCUCCUACCGCGCCCCUGCGCCCUCCUACCACGCCCCUUCCCCCGACUCGCCGCCCAGAUAUGACUUCAACUACGCCGUGAAGGACGACUAUUCCGGCAACAACUACAACGCCCAGGAGACCCGCGACGGCUACAACACCCAGGGCACCUACUACGUGCAGCUGCCCGACGGCCGCAUUCAGAAAGUCACCUACUACGUUGACGGCGACUCUGGCUACGUAGCCGAGGUCACCUACGAGGGUGAGGCCCAGUACCCCGCGCAGAGCUACGGAAAGCCCGCCCCAUCCUACGGCAAGCCCGCCCCAUCCUAUGGCACCCCCGUCCCCUCCUACCAGUAAGGAUUCCCACCCCAAGGAGAAGAGAUACCGGGACCUCUUACGGGCUGGAACCCCAGCCUACUAGCGAGGCCCUCGCACCUACCCUUCAGCCAUGAUGUAUAUUUAUUAAACAAUCACGAAUUUCA